AAGCCCUCGCUGCCUGGCAUUCAUAGCGUCACUGUGUCUGUCCUAUUAGCGCGCAAUCGUGCUUGAAACUGCUAUAGCUCUUUUGCAUCAUCGAUCAUCCGAACCCACGAGAUACCGCCCACCUAUACGCAAGAGACAAUGGCAGUCACCGAGUUAGCACUAUUACACCUCUCUUCGAGUCUCACCGUUGAGAAUGACGACCUAAGAUCAAAACUGGCACACGCAAAGAAUGUCAUGCAGGAAUUCACUAAACGAACAUUCUACUACCUCCAACAGAUCGAAGACCCUUCAUAUGUUUACAUCGUUGGCGAAUGGGAUUCACUCGAUCAACAUAUGCAUGACUUUAUCCCAGGGAAGGCCAAUCAAGCCGUGCUAGAGAGCUUGAAGGAUAUAGUCUCCGUCAACUGGCUUCUACAUAUCGACGCGCCGCAUGCCGAACUAUCGAUGCCAAAGACCGAUACCGAGAAAGCAAAGGCGCAUAGUGGAGAGCUCGUUUGGAGCAUCGUACGCCAUUUCAUCAAGGAAGGUGAAAAGGACGGUUUCCAGCAAACCUAUGGGGUUAAUAAGCAUUUCCUGCAAGAGUAUGUUACUGAAGGCAUAAUAGGCGGCGGUUGGCGUGUUGACAAGGACGAUGUCAAAGAGGAAUUUGUUUUAAUCUGCCCAUGGACGAGAGUGGAACAGCAUUCUCAAUUUGCGGAAACGGAAGGUUUUGCGAGAUAUGGCAAGAUUCGGGAAUACAUCACCGGCGCUGAAAUCAAACAUUUUAGACUUCUGGAUCUCUAAGUCUAUCCAACGCCACCCUGAAUCACAGCUGGGGUCUAGAUUAGCUUAUGAAGCUUCUGAUAUUGCUCUCGGUUGCCGUUCUAAAUUGCCGGUCUUGAUGCAUAGUGUCUUCUACGGCUGGACAGGAUCGGUGCUUUCUCAAAAGAUCAUAUAAGUAACAAUAGCUCCGAACUAAUUGGUCAGCGAAAAAUGUCAUCGAUGUCGCGUAUCUGA